CAAAGCACUCGGGACAAAAUGUAUGUGAAAUGGUUUGCAGAGGCAGACUGACCAUUUGGAAACUCUGGCACUGCCCGAGGGCCCGGGGUCAGUAGGGGGCCCCAUGAGAUGCCCCUGGUAUCUUUUUCAUAGGCUUUUUUGUGUUUGGGCAAGGACACAGGGGCCCCAUGAUCCCCUAUUGCCCGGGGGCCCCAUGAGUUGUCAGUCCGCCCCUGAUGGUUUGAUACACAAAAGGCAGCUGUGUCCUGUACAGCCUGAGAAAAUG